UUUAAUACUAUUAGCAAGAGGUUGUUCGAUAAGCUUGAAGAAGAUUAUGGAAUACGUGAUCCUGCUGAGAAUCUCUAUUACUAUGGGGGUGUAGUAGGUGUCCCUGUUGAGAAUCUCUAUAGAGAUGUAAUAGGUGAAAUAAACUGUUUAGAUUUGCAAUUUCGGUAUAAAGGAAAGUGGCGAAGCUUAGAUGGCACCGAAGUAAUAGACUUCCAAAUUCGCAAAAAUCCAUCGUUCGAUCUAGUGCUAGGACAAGAUUGGUUAUGGCAAAAAUUAUCUUUGGAUUUUCUUCUAAAACAU